AUGACGUCCUCCACCCCCAAAUGUUUCCAUCGUUCCGGUUCGGGGGGUGGCACAAGGUGUGUCACAAUCCAAGAAGGAAGACCCCAUGCAGGCAAGCACACUGUUAAAAGCAAAUAUGAGCCUAAAGGCAAAGAAAAACUUUUUAGUGAAGAACCAAUUAUUGACAACAACGAAGAUGAAGAGUCUGUUGAUAAUGAACUCCAAAUAAGAGAGGUAUGUGAAGCUGAAAUGGAUGAGCAUCAAAGAAGAAUCCACAAGGCUGAAGCGAAAGAGAAAAUAGAAUGCGAAGCUCAGGUGACACUGGAUAACGGAAAGCUUUUAUUUCCAGAGUGGAAUAUGAAGUGA